UGAUCGUCACGUGACGAGCCAACUCAUGUGACACGGAGAAAUCAUAACAGGAACAAAAUGGCUGCAACCGGAGACGAAGCCGCAGCCAUGGACAGCAUCUCCAAGGAACCGGCCGGCGCCUCGGCCGCCCUGAACCCGGCCCUUAGCGGCUCCGGGCAGCUGCAACGUCCCGAGGACGCCGCGGAAAGUCCGACGACCACUCCAAAGAAGCCCGGCGCCAACAGUGAUGGUGGCGUGGAGACCGCAGAGGAGGCUGUGGAGCCCGCAGAGCCCGAUGUCAAUGAGCUGUGCAACGAUAUGUUCGAAAAGAUGGCCAUCUUCCUGCAAGGAGAACUAACAGCCACCUGUGAAGAUUACUGCCUGUUGGAGAACAUGAACAAACUAACAAGUCUGAAAUACAUGGAGAUGAAAGACAUCAGUGUUAAUAUAAGCCGGAACCUGCAGGAUCUCAACAACAAGUACGCUAGCUUACAGCCAUAUCUGGACCAGAUAAAUAAGAUAGAGGAACAAGUAUCAGCACUUGAACAAGCUGCCUACAAACUGGAUGCCUACUCCAAGAAACUGGAAGCGAGAUUCAAAAAACUGGAGAAGCGAUGAGGAUGAAGAUGAGGCGGACUUGAAAAUUCCACUUCCCUGUCACUUUCUUUCACCCUUUUCCGCCCUCUGCUCCCGCUGCCAGCGGGGCCAGAAGCUACAGAGAGGAUGUGAACUGAGGCUGAAACAACAAACGGAGCUACUCUGACACUUAGAAAUGGCUGUGAAGGAAACAACCAAACACAUAGAAAAGCUUCUGCAAAGUUGAGCACGGGCUCGGCUCAAGUAUCAAUCAUUCUGCCCAGCCAAGGGGUGCAAUGUGUAGCCACGUCAGGCUUUGAUUAGCCUUUGAAGUUCCACGCAGACAUUUGGUUGUCACUUAUUAACUUGCCAGGUAUCCUCAACAAGAACCACGAACAGCUCGACUUUUGACGUCUUCUUUUGUGUGCGUGAAAUCUAAGAUGUAAGAGAUCAUCCGCUCACAGAGCCGUCUCUGCCGUGGGUUUUGUUUUAAAAGACGUUUGCUGUCUAAAAGACAGUUGGUACGAAUUAUGCCAUUGUGUCUAUCCAAAAUACAACACUGAUUUGAAACAAAUGACAAAAAAAAACACACUCUUUGUUGCAUUCUUUGCCUUCGAAAUGAUCCUGAUGCCGACAGCAGAUGGCAGACUCUCCCUGCGAUAGUCGGCUUAUCAGAGAUUGUGUUCUGAAGCUCUGGAAAAACUGAUUCAGCUGUCAAAGCAGUUCUGAGCUGUGGCUUUUUUAAAUGGAUUUUCUUUUAAACAAAAAGUAAACACUCAGAGACUGUGAGAAAGAAAUGAAAAUCCUGUAUUUUAAAAUGAGACGGAUGCACGAACGAAGAUGGGCACUGCCUCCUGCCUUUCUUUUCUUCUGUAUGUUGACUCCCCCAGAGCAGAACACAGAGGUCUGUUUAACCUAACUCACGAUAUCUCCCUUGGAGUCUUCAGGUUUCUGUGUUUCUGUGUGUUGCCUCUCGCAUACGAAUAAAUGUGUGGAUAAGGCCUAAUCUAAACCAGGUCUCUGUCAUUAGUGCAGUUGAGGCCCAGGCACAGAGGGAGCUCAUUAUUCUUACUGUAACAUUAUUUACUGUUGCACUGUGAUCCCUCCAUCUCCCUGCUUAUUUCCAGGCCCCUUGGGCAUAAACUCAACUCUCCUCCCAAAAGGUUCCUUAAGGCAGGUCUAUUAAAUGCUUUUCGGUUGUUUUCGUAAAGCAAAAAGUGAAUGCCAGGUUGCAGUCACGCAUGUAGGAGAAAGUAACAUAUCAAUCAUAAAAAUAACUUUCUCCUAAUACUCAGCUGGGAAAACUACUUGAAAACCUUACCACGCUAUAGUACCAUAUUUUGGGUGCAGUCAUUCUGUGCUAAACAAUUUGUUUUUCUAGAUUCGUCAGAAGGAACACACACAAGGAGGUGUUUGUAGCCGGGGCUGGAUUUUAUAGUGAAUUACAUAGCCAAAGCAAGCAUUUUCCCUGCUGGUUUCUCAGUAUAAACAUUUUAAAACAAUUGCGAGGGAGCCAAUUUUUGCACGAUUGGGAUCAUGCGGUAAAACGGGCGCAGGUUAUUGGGCUGUGGGAUCUCCACAGCCUCUGGUACCUCUCUGCUUUGAGUCACUCUCCCAUAGCCGGUGCAUGAGCUCUUUUUGGAGCCAUUCUCUGGAACAGACGAUUUUUUUGGCUCUUCAUGGGCUUUCUGUGGCAUGCUUUAACCAUCCUUUGAUGUGGUAUCCGUUGGUUGUGUUCAUUUAACACAUUUCCUCAUGUUCACCUCAAACCGAGUCUUCUGACACUUUGUUAUACGUUUCCCUCUAAAAUGACUAGGCUAUAUUCUGCCUUUCAUCCUUUAUUUGAUUCAUUCGGUGCCUCCAGCACCAGCCUGUCAUACGACUGGUUCUUUUUAUUGGUGCGCAUUAUUUAGUGGGUAAAUAAUCCGAUGCACUCUUCCCUGUUUCUCCGGAUGCAGUGUGUGGUUGAAGUUGGUCCCCAGUGAAUCCAAAGACCUGUACUGGGACGUUUUCUUUAACUCUUAGGUAAUCCGACGUCUUUUCAGAGUUCCUCUGUUUUUCCCGGUGCUCCGAGACUUUUUGCAGCCAUGUGCAUUCUCCUGAUGCAACCUGACACUAUUUUGGAUUGAAGCGCUUAUAUUAUUCAACCUGACAGACCUAAGUGAAGACAGGAUUUAUCGGUUUGAUUAGCUCUGAUAGAGCUUAGGAUCUGGGACUGAGAGUGUAUCAAACACAUGUCUGUUAUCAACUGGAGCAAAGGGGGGGGGGGAUUUCUCCAUAGCGCUCACCAUGCGAUAGAGCCCGCUAACAAUAACAGGGCAGGAUGCCACACCACAGAGUUGUGUAACCGACUUGCAAGCAUGUAGUUUGGGAAACGCUCAGCUUGCGCUGGUGAAUGAGAGUCAGCAAGGACACUCACCACGCCACUCUCAAGACCUCAAGAUUAGUUUUUUUGUUGUUUUUCCUC